UGUUAUUUAAAUUGUUGUUGAUAGCAAAGUACAUUGCGUGUUUCUUUAAAGAAUCUAUAAAUGCGACUUAAAAGUGAUAAUAAAUUCAUUUUGAAAUCAACUUGCAAUGGAGUUGCUGUUCUUAAUUAGUGUCCUUUUGGCCACCCAGUGGACUACAGCUCAACCAACCGUUUCCAACGCACCUGAGAUAAACAUCGAUAAACUCUUGGGAUUAAUUGGUGGCGUUGUCAAUGAAGGAAUAAAGUUGCACUUUCCUCAGCAGAAAACUGAAGGUGGGAACAAUGGCGAUACAGGUGGAGGUCCCUAUAGCAAGGGACAAUCUGGUGGCCCACCAAUUGUUGGAGUCUCUAAAUAUGAUAUCAUAGAUCUAAAGUUCCAAAAGCCGAAUUAGGGUUACUCCUUCACACACACUA